CUUUUUAUCCCCCCCUCCUUUGCAUCUUUUUCGCCUCUGCCUCCUUCUGCAUCUUCCGACUCUUCUCCCCUUUCCUUCUGGAGUUGAGAAAAUAGUUCUAUCCCUUCCACUUCUUUCCCCUGCAAGGAGAUUUUCAUCUGCAACUAUUUUGUUUUCCUUCCCUGGUGGCUUUGAUUUAUUCUUGGGGGUUUUCCUCGCCACUGCCGCUGUUGCUGCAAAACAAUUUAACUUUUUUCCCCCAAGAAGAAGACGCUUCCACAAGGAGGACAGAUGUGUGUGUGUUCUUCGCGGCUGGCUUAAGAGGGGAGGGGAUGUUGGAUGGUUUGAGAUGGCAAUAUAGCCUCAAGAGACACCUCCCCGAAGCCUUUGGUUGUGCAACGACGGAUUGUCGUAAAGGGAAGCUGCAGUGGAAUAACGGCAGUGUUCAAUCACUCCUUGGCAUGCUUCUUGUAUCCUCGCUGUGGGGACUGCCAGAGAUGUUGCAGACAAUUUACGAAACUGAAUCGUGUUUUUCUUCAGAUGGAGUUUCUGGACACGAGCCAUCGCUGGAACUCCUGUCACGGGCACAGAUCCACGCCAUACCUGUGGCAGCUGUGGACUUGAAACCGGUACUUCCUGUGGUGAUGCAGAGCUCUUGCAACAGCAGCAGCAGCAGCACCAGCCCGGUGGACUUGCGGAUGGAUGCCCGGCCCAGCUUGCCCACUGUGGACCCAGCCAUCCGGGAGCAGCAACUGCAGCAGGAACUGCUGGCCCUGAAACAGCAGCAACAUUUGCAGAAGCAGCUGCUCUUUGCCGAGUUUCAGAAGCAGCACGAGCACCUCACGCGGCAGCACGAAGUCCAGUUGCAGAAGCACCUCAAGCAACAGCAGGAGAUGUUGGCAGCAAAACGCCAGCAAGAACUGGAGCAGCAGCGUAAGCUAGAACAGCAGCGGCAGGAAGAGCUCGAGAAGCAGCGGCUGGAGCAGCAGCUACUUAUUCUACGCAACAAGGAGAAGAGCAAAGAGAGUGCCAUUGCCAGUACCGAAGUGAAGCUGAAACUUCAGGAGUUUCUUCUCAGCAAGUCUAAAGAGCCAGCAACAGCAGGCGGCUUGAACCAUUCCCUCCCUCAGCACCCCAAAUGCUGGGGGGCUCAUCAUACCUCAUUGGACCAGAGUUCCCCUCCCCAGACAGGAAGCCCAGGAACACCACCCUCUUGUAAACUACCUUUACUCGGCACUUACGACAGCAGAGACGACUUUCCACUCCGGAAAACUGCCUCGGAACCCAACCUAAAAGUGCGCUCACGGUUAAAACAGAAGGUUGCAGAGAGGCGGAGCAGCCCCCUGCUGCGGAGGAAAGAUGGGACCGUCAUCAGCACCUUCAAAAAGCGAGCAAUUGAAAUUACAGUGUCUUCAAUGUGCAACAGUGCCCCCGGAUCUGGACCCAGCUCCCCGAACAGCUCCAACAGCGCCAUCACAGAAAAUGGGCUUACUGGCUCAGUGCCCAAUAUUCAUACUGAGAUGCUGCCCCAACACCGAGCUGUCACCAUGGAUGGGUCAGCUAGCCAGCUCAGCUUGUACACUUCCCCGUCUCUGCCCAACAUCUCCUUAGGACUACAGGCUACCGUCACGGUGACAAAUUCACACCUCAGCGCCUCCCCGAACCUUUCCACGCACCAGGAAGCAGAGUGCCAGGCCAUCCAGUCGUUGCGCCAGGGCGGGGCCUUGACCAGCAAGUUCCUGAGCAUGUCGUCCAUCCCCAGCUGCCUUCUGGGGGUGGCCCUCGAGGGCGAGACGAACAACCACGGCCAUGCUUCCUUGCUCCAGCACGUCCUCCUCCUGGAACAGGCUCGGCAGCAAAACACGCUAAUUGCUGUUCCUCUGCAUGGCCAGUCUCCUCUGGUGACGGGGGAGCGCGUACCCUCCACCCUGCGGACGGUAAGCAAGCUACCUCGGCACCGCCCGCUGAGCCGCACCCAGUCGUCGCCGUUGCCACAGAGCCCUCAAGCGCUGCAGCAUUUGGUUGUGCAGCAACAGCAUCAGCAGUUCCUAGAGAAGCAGAAACAGCAGCAGAUCCAGCUGGGAAAGAUCAUCACCAAGACCGGUGAGCUGCCGCCGCCCCCCACCACCCACCCGGAAGAGACCGAAGAGGAGCUGACAGAGCAACAGGAGCCCUUGGGUCUAGGCCUCAGCCACGGGCCCUUUGUGGUGGACGGGUCAACAGAGAGCGAGGGCACGCAGGAUGACCUGGAAGAGGAGGAGGAGGAAGAAGGAGGAGGAGGCGGAGGAGGAGAGGAGGAAGAGGAGAGCGUGGUGGAAGAGCAGGGCUGUCUCCGAUUGAAGGACGAAGCCGGGGAGAACAGGCUCGAAGAGGAGCAGGAGGUUGAGGAGCUGGGAGUGACUUACAGGCAGGUGUUUGCAGAUGCACACCAGCUGCGGCCCGUUCAUCUCUACCAGACGCCCCUGAGCAUCGGCACGCUGCCCCACCAAGCCCUCGGCCGCACCCAGUCGUCACCUGCCAGCACUAUCCUGAAGAGCAGUACAGCUGAGCCCUUGGUCAAGCACCUUUUCACUACAGGCUUAGUUUAUGACACUUUCAUGCUGAAGCAUCAGUGCACAUGCGGAAACACUAAUGUUCACCCAGAGCAUGCUGGGAGAAUCCAGAGCAUCUGGUCCAGAUUACAGGAGACAGGGUUGCUAAGCAAGUGUGAGAGGAUUCGAGGUCGGAAAGCAACGUUGGACGAGAUCCAAACAGUGCAUUCGGAGCAUCACACGUUACUAUAUGGAACCAGCCCGCUGAACCGGCAAAAGCUUGACAGCAAGAAAUUGCUAGGUCCCCUUACGCCGAAGAUGUAUGCCGUCCUCCCAUGUGGUGGAAUCGGGGUUGACAUCGACACAGUGUGGAAUGAGAUGCACUCGUCCAGCGCGGUCCGCAUGGCUGUUGGCUGCUUGGUGGAGCUGGCCUUUAAAGUGGCGUCUGGGGAGCUUAAGAAUGGAUUUGCUAUUAUCCGGCCACCAGGUCAUCAUGCAGAAGAAUCCACAGCCAUGGGCUUCUGCUUUUUCAACUCUGUUGCCAUUACUGCCAAGCUCCUCCAGCAAAAGCUUGCCAUUAGCAAAAUCCUCAUCGUGGACUGGGAUAUCCAUCAUGGCAAUGGCACCCAGCAGGCAUUCUACAGCGACCCCAAUGUGCUCUAUGUUUCUCUGCACCGCUACGACAAUGGCAAUUUCUUCCCAGGCAGUGGAGCUCCUGAAGAGGUUGGCAGCGGGAUGGGUGUAGGUUACAACGUCAACAUUGCCUGGACUGGUGGAGUGGACCCUCCCAUUGGUGACGUGGAGUAUCUGACUGCCUUCCGGACUGUGGUGAUGCCAAUAGCCAAUGAGUUCUCCCCAGACGUGGUCCUCGUUUCUGCUGGCUUCGAUGCUGUGGAGGGACACCUGUCCCCACUGGGUGGAUAUUCUGUCACGGCCAAAUGUUUUGGGCACCUGACCAAGCAGCUGAUGAAGCUGGCGGGCGGGCGUGUCGUCCUGGCGCUGGAAGGAGGUCACGAUCUGACAGCCAUCUGCGAUGCCUCCGAAGCCUGCGUUUCCGCCUUGCUUGGCCUUGAGCUGGAACAGAUGGAUCAAGCUCUGUUGCGGCAGAAGCCCAAUGCAAAUGCUGUGGCCACACUGGAGAACGUCAUUGAAAUCCAGAGUAAGCACUGGAACUCAGUGAAAUGUUCUGCAGCGAUGGUCGGCUGCUCCUUGCUGGAGGCGCAGAAGGGUGAGGCAGAAGAGGCCGAGACGGUCAGUGCCAUGGCGUCGCUGUCAGUGGACACAGAGCAGGGCAAAGCAGACGGUGAUGUCCGGCCAGCAGAAGAGCCAAUGGAGGCCGAGCCCGUGUUGUGAAGUGCCAAGACUUUGAUUUGUGUAGCUGUCACUCUGUGGGUUAAUUGGUAAUUCUGUGAGUCCAUUUAAAAAAACAGCAGCAGCAGCAACAGCAACAACUACUACGAAUUGAUUUUUUUUUAAUCUAUUAAAAAAAAAAGGAAAAAAAAGAGUUGCACUGGACAAAACGAGCCCAUGUGUGUAUGUGUGUGUGUGUGCGUGAUCGCGUCAGUCUCCUGGCAUAUGUUCUCACCAGCAUCACCAUUUUGUCCUAACUCUUUAAGGGUUUUUGUGAGGGGAAUGGUGGUGAGGUAGGGGCUUUCGUGCAAGCAUCUCCUCUCUUGUUCCAUUCUUAAGACAUCAUUCCCUCUCCCUUCCUGCUCCCCCGCCUCCCUGGCCGCUAAACUCACCCCCUUCUCAGGGUUGGUGCAAGCCAUUUUGCUACCCUAGGUAACAAAAAAAUAAUUUUCACACACACACAUACAUAUAUAUAUAUAUACACACACAAACACACACUACAUUUCUUCCUUGGAGGUUGUCCCAGUUUCAGAUUCUCUCCCCUUAACUUCACGCAAGUGGGUUAUUAUUAUUGUUGUUCUUAUUUUGCUCCAUUCACUUGUUUGUGGAGUGAGGGGCGUAAGAGGUUGCAGUCAGGAAAUCUGGGGAGGGGGCUUGCAAUUGCUUCCACACCUCUCUCGGGUCUAGGGCAGGAGCGGGGAGUUGCGCGUCCCCCUUUAGGGAUUUCCCAAGUCGCCUGGAGCACCCUUGGGACUCUUGCUGCCCUAGGCAGCCACCUGUACUGCCUCUUGGGUUGGGCCGGACCUGCCCCUUCUUGCCGAACCUGUCCCUGAAAUGCCAUUUCUCUGCUCCGGGUUUUUGCACAUUGAGAUGGGCAUCCGAAAGCAAACCCACCCCGCUUCCCAAAUGCCUUUCCCCCUGCCUCCAGUUCCUACCCUUUGGCAGUUUCUCACUUCUUCCCCCUCUCCUGCGACGUUCGAUCCAAACAGUUUUGGGUUCAAAUCCUACCUAUGUUGCCUCAAUCGCGUAUCUUUCUCCCGACCCAUUUCAGCUGUUUAAAAAAAAAAAGUGUUCCUCAGUAUUGUAUAGUCCUCCUGAAUUAAUCUCUAGGAGAAGAAACCCCCCGAGGUAGAGGAGAAAGGGGGGAGAAAUAAAAAGUGUGCCUUUAAGUCGUUUUUGUUAAUGCCUUAAAUUCCCUGUGAGGUUUGCUUCUCCUCCGCCAUCCCUUCCUCUUUCCCUCCCUCCCUCCCACCAUCCCUGCUUAAGUUAACCAUCUCUAAGGGAGAUCACCCUGUACAAACGUGGGAAGGAAUCACGUGUAAAUCCCCAGCACCAAUGCGCAUUGGGCCUGAUCCAGCUGUAGCUGUAAACAAAGGGUUAUCAAGCAAACUAGUCUGGGGACGAUGGGUUUAUCGAUUCAAACACACGCUAAGAGAGAGCUUUCCAAACGGUGUGUUGCGACAAUGUUAAGUGUGUUGGCUGCAGGCGCUCCCCGCGCUCCUCCUGGGGCUGGAAAGGGGUUCGUUUAACCUCUGGUUUGCUAGUAAAACUGAAUUACCGUGUCACGAAAUGUUGGAGAGCCGAAUGACUGUGUCACAGAAUGAUGCAUGUCCAAAAAGUGUGUCGCCAAACUUGAAAAAUUUGGAAAGCUCUGCGCUAGGAUGUUCGUUCAGAGCAAUGCAAUGCAGAAUCUGAUUUGGUGCCUACAUUCCCAAUCUGGCAAGCGAUAUCUCCAUACAGGCCUGUUUACGAGCGUGCAUCUACCUUAGCUGGAUCAUGCCAUGUGUCAUUAAAUCCCUUUUGUAAUGAAGAUAACUGCUUAUGUUGAUUGUUUCAUGACCAAUGCUUUCUUGAGGAUUUCUCUCUCUUCUUUCCUCUCUCUCUCUCUCUCUCUUUCUCUUUCCUCCUACUUCCCUCCGUCAUCGUUCGAAAGAUUCCUCGUCAUUUAUUGUAAAUAAUUUGAUUUCUUGUAUCGCGUGCACAAACUUUGUUUCGAUGAAACUUUUUUGUCCAUUCAUAAAGAAAAAGAAAAAAAGGAGAAAAAAAAGAAAAGAAAAAAAGGAGAGAAUUUCUUUGCUGUCACUUCACCAGCCAAAAAAAGAAAGAAAAGAAAUGAAAUGAAAAGAAAAAUGUUUUGGGGCAGGGGAAUAAAAAAAACCAUAGAGCAAUUUUAGCUUUUAAAAGAAAUGGAUAUAAAGGAAAAAAAAGGUAUAUAAUUUUAUUACAGAUGUAUUAUUUAAUAGUAUUUUUUUAACUUGUACCACCAAACUCUCCUUUCCUUUGGAAAGUUGCUAGCAGGGAUAAGGCAACAAGGGAGAAGAUGGGGCUUGGUAUUGUUUUCACUAAUUCAGGGCAAUGGGAUUUCUAAGCUGUGCGUGGUGGGGGAGGGCACUGGGGAUGGGGGGGGGACGGGACAUUGUGUGGAAUGUGAGACUGUGAUGUGUUUUUUAGCUGCACUUACGGUUGUUAUCCUUGCCAGGGUCUGCUUUAGGGAUCCUCUGGGUUUGCUUUGGUUUAAUUCAUCCAAGGGUCCCAUGUGGGAGAGGUGGAGGGUUGCAAAGGUGCUCCAUCCCAUGAUGGAGGUGAUCACACACAUAGCCAUGAUGAACAAAAAGAGUGGGGCUAGUAGGCAGGUCUUCCCUUCCUUCCUUCCUUCCUUCCUUCCUUCCUUCCUUCCUUCCUUCCUUCCUUCGGAGCUGUGGGAGACAGCCAGUAGAGGGAGCCAUAGAACUUGCCCAGGGCAGAAAAGACAUUCGUUGCCCUGGUUUUAUUUAUGAGGCACAGCCCAUGCAAGAUCCUUGCAGUGCCCAGCAUGCAGAAUGCCUUCCAAGCCAGGGAGAAGGGAAGUGGGGAUGCAGACCUCACCCAUCAACACGAAAAUAUAUGUUUUGGCCCAUCAGGGUACCAGGGGGCAGCCUGGCCACUGCUAGGAAGCGUUUAGUCACAGGUGCAGCAGUGGGUGGGUGAAUGUACAUGUGCUCAUCCUUCUGCUGCUUUAAAAAACGAACAUGGGUUGGACUCCAGAGUACAUAAGCUCAGGGAUGGGGGACUUGGUUGGUUUCCCAGCUCCCACUGACCAUUGGGCCACGCUUGGCUGGGGCUGGUGGAGCCCAACAAAGUGAGAGUCACAAGUUCCCGUUCACUGACACAAGCAGAGCACCACCCCACCGCCUGUGGGAUAAAGCCCAGGGUUAUACAUGUUUUGCCAUGCUGCUGCUCUUGCGUGUAUGGAGUAUUUUCAGCUGCUUUGGGUCUCCGAGUUUCAGGGGAGAAAACAGGCUAAGACGUGGAAAAAAUAAAUAGCUCAUCGUGGUCUGUUUCUGCAGACGGCAGUCUUUUGCCCUCCUAUUUUGUUUUGACUAGAGACACAAAAAUGAGAGAUAAGUCACGGAAAAGGCAAUGAGGUCAGGAACAGGCCCCUCUGUAGCUGUGGCCUGAAACACCCCUGACCCUCCCCUUAAAUUAGAGCCACCCCAAGGCACCUUUUGCCUUCGGGUUUUGUUCUUUGUUUUUAAGCUGCCUUGUCUUUAUUUGGUUGCUGGUUUUGCAGAUUCUUGUCCACCCUUCAAAGGCUGUGGCGCUGACAUGAUGAGAGGCAGGAACGGGCAGUGUGUGUGUAUGUGUCUGUGUGUGCACGCAAAGCUAGCAAGAGGUCUAUUUGGAAAAUAAAAGGUGGGAGAGAAAAUCCUCACGUGGAUGAGGUUCAGAAUUCGUGCAUCAGAGCAGGGAUGGGGGAACCUGCGUCCCUCCAGGUGUUGUGUUGAGGUAUGACUCCCAUCAGCCCCAGCCAGCGUGGUUCCCCCAGUAGCCGGGGAUGAUGGGAGUCGUCGGCAAACAACAUUUGGAGCGCCACGGGUUCUUCCCUUCCCUGGCAAAGAGAAACUUCUGUGGUUAAAUUACCCAGUGUGUUCAUGUUAGAUACUGAGGACCCUCUAAGCAUGAAUCCAGCUAACUGAGCGGCGAGAGAUAUGGCAGUGUUCCCCCUUAACUUCUGAUCAGUUCUUAAUUUCAUACCUUUUUAAAUCCAUGUACAUGCACAGGUGUACAUUUUGCAGGAAUAGUGAGGAAAAAUAAGCCAUAUGGGGAGAAGGAGAGGGAAGCAGUAAAAUGUAUCCUAGCCAGAAAUCCCUUUAUAUUUGUCUCAGUCGUCAUUGCAAGACAGGUGAUGCCCCCCUCUACUUCUGAAGCACCAGACCCGUUAUCAUCACCAUUGCUGCUUAUUUAAGAUGUUUUAACCUGUGUUGUAAACCGCUUAAGCUAAAGGAAACCGGUAUAUAAUAAAUUGUCCCCCCAAAUAAUGAGCAAAUAAGUGCAACAGCAGGAGAUGUGCUUGUGGGUGACCCAUGCCUUUUAAAAAGGCCAUCCCAUAAGAUGACCUGACUUCAGCACCUCAGCACCCAUAGAUAGCUCUGCUUGGGCUUUCAGAAGAGAUCUUUCUCGUGGUAGCAGCCCUCUGUUGCUGCAAGAAGCGGCACCGUGCUCCCGACUUUUUGCUCCUCCUCGGCCUCCGUGCUGCCCUUGUAAAACUCAGCGGGCAAGAGGGUCAGGGCAAAAACGAGAAUGAGUUGGCUGUGGCUCCACCUCCUGCUGACCUCUCUGCCUUCUGCCUCAGUGAGCAACAGCCACCACCUGCUCCAGAACAGGGAUAGGACCAAUUCCUGAGGGUAGGUUCAUUUGAGAGCUUCCCACAUCUCCACCUUGUACCUUUUAGAGUGGAGAGAUGCACCUUUAAACAGGACUUUGCAUGGGGUGAGUGUCUCACCUCCCCCCAGAGGGAGCCUGGUAUUUCCCAAAUAUCUUCCAAGUGUCAUUGACAGAUCAGUGAUUUGAACAGUGAGCUCAGUUGGCUGUGCUGUUCCUCCAGUCUUCAGAUGAGUCUUUUUGUAAGAAAUAAAACGAGAGCAGCGUGAACAUUUAUUCAUUUAAAUGCAGUGCUUUUUUUCUGGGGGGGACACAGACCCCUAAAUCUUUGUACUUUUGUCCAUUUGCUGUAUUUAUUUCCCCCGAUUUGAACUAUAAAAUGGUGAUUUCCUUCAGUCAAAAUGAGAGUACCCCUAAACAUUUUUUAAUAGAAAAAAGCACAGUUUAAAUGUUUCUCGCUUCGUGUAUUUAUUUUUUUUAAAAAGAACUGCAUCUGAAAAGCAGCUAUGGCAAUGGGAGCGGAGGAAGGUUUGUGACAUCCCAGGCACAAGCCAAUCGGCACUGUUCGCCACAGUAUGGCAGAACUGAUUGCCAUGAACUCGAUUCUGCGCAAGGACUUCCACAUCUGUGUACAAUAGUGAUUGUGCUUCCGUAAUGACUCGGCUGCUCCAGUAACGCACGUCUUCACCUGUCCUUAAUUUAGGCUUAGUCAAAUGUACAACACCCAGUAGAUUUGAAAGGGAAGUACAAUGUGGCGUGUGGUUUUGCAGCCUCCCCAGUGCAGAUGGCUCAACAAAGUCCCCUGAAUGGCUUGCCUAAGCUGUCAUUUCUGCUGUGUGGAGAAGCAGGGAAACAGGCUUUGCAUCUUUAUUGCGUAGCUUGCAGAAAUUUCAUGCAGUGCCUCCCGCAAGGCACCUAUCUGCACGCCCCUGACACAAAGGUCUUGCACUCUACAUCUUCACUAGCUUCACAGUAGAUAGAUAGAUGGAUAGAUAGAUAUUUGUGAUAUCACACUACAAAUACCUGAAGGCCUGUCACACAGAAGAGGGCAACUACUUGUUAUUGGCUCCCCCCAAAGGGGAGGAGUAGAUCUAAUGGACUUCUUACAAGUGGGUAAAUUUGGGCUGAAUAUUAAACUUCUUGGUUAAUUGUAAGUGCACUUCUAAUACAGUGGUACCUUGGUUCCCGAACGGCUUAGUUGACGAACAAAUCAGCUAGCAGACGCCGCAAACCCAGAAGUAAGUGUUCCGGUUUGCGAACGUUUUUCAGAAACCGAACGUCUGUUUUGGCUGUUGGUGUUGUUUCCAGGGCCAAUUGGAAGUCGUGCCUUGGUUUUCAAACGUUUUGGAAGUCAAACAGACUCCCGGAACGGAUUGAGUUCGAGAACAAAGGUACCACUGUACCUCAAAAGAGUUUGGGGUUCUUGAUUCCCCCACUUUGAGCAGGAGAUCGGACUUGACAGCCUACUAGAUCUCUUCCAACUUUCAGUCAGUGCAAAUAACAGCAACAACGCCCAUCCUUUUAGAUAAGCUUCAGCAACCUAAACUUCAACAUUAAAAGCAGUUAAAACAAUUAAAUUACUACCGAUGGAUGGAUGGGUGCUUGCCAUGUUCUCCCUUGCAAUCCUGGAAUAAGUGCACUUGCCUGUUUUCCCUCUAGUUAACAUUUUGAGCCACUUGCUAUCAGCAGCAAAAGUGGGGUUUUUUUUGGGGGGGGGCGGAUCAGUGUAUAUGCAAGGAUUUGUUUGGAUAGAUGCCAUCACACUCCCAGUUUAAAAUACGCCCAUAAAUGCCCCUUUGGAGGAUCAAGGAACUUUUCUUGGUGAUAUUUCGAAGGAAGUGAGGAUUUAUCUAAUUUAAAGAGCGGUGUCAGUUUCCUGAGGGAGCCUUCCUUGGGGGCAUGGAACGAAGCUAUAAAACCACAUACACUUUAUAUGCUGCUGGCCUGCCCUCCCAUCUCCAGUUGCAAGUUUGAAUUCUGGUUGUGGAUAGAGAAGUUAACCUAAGAUCUAAGUUCCUGGGUGUGAGGCCUGGUGCCCUACAAAGAUAGGAGUGGUUGACUAGGCCAGGCCUAACUCCUGAAUGCCCUCAAUCAUGGCCCAAAAUUUGUAUUGACCAAUGGCAGACGGCCUUUGUAUGACUGAUAUUGAAUGCUGUUGUCAUUGGCCAAUCAAAAUUCUUUUGUGAAGAGUUCCUCCUCAUCCACUCCUCCAGAUAGGAACCUUGAAGUAUCCCACACGCCUUCCUUUUUCUGAUGGUACCAGGAUGAGGAUGUUGUCUUGGUUGUUAAGAGCUAGAGGACGCUCAAACAUGGUGUUUGAGAAACCUCGUCCUCAUGAAUCCAGACUUAAGUUGCAAUGAGGUUGUUCGUCAUGACUUGACAUAGUUCCCGCUGAAAUCAGUGAGGCUUUUAGUGCAGGGUUCCCCAAACUUGGCUGUCUUUUCUGUUUUUGGACUAGAACUCCCAUCAUCCAUAGCUAGCAGGACUCAUGGUCAGGAAUUAUGGGAAUUGUAGUCCAAGCUUGGGAAACACUGCUUCAGUGAACUGAACACAGCAACAGGGAACCUGCAGCCUUCUAGGUGCUAUUGGACUACAACUCCCAUCAUCCCUCACCAUUGGCUAUGCUGAUGGGAGAUGAAGUCCAACAGCAAGUUCCCCUUUGCCGAUUGAACCCAAUGAGUGUCCUUAGCUGGAGUGCCGUCAAGGUAGCUCACUGGUUUGACACAAGCCAAGGUAGAUGUCUGCUAGUGCAGAAUGAAGUGGGAGCAGAGGUGUAAUAAAGAGCAGGGACAAUGAGGAAGCCUCUUAUUUGAAUCAGGGCCGUGGGGUUUGCUGUGGUCAGGUCUGUGGCUGGUCAUAGAGAGAGGCAGUUGCCCAGAGUGCUCAAGUCCUUCCUGUCCACCCACAAAGGAGAUGCAGGCGUUUCCUUUGUCCUCGUUAGCAGGCAUUUCCCUGACCCACAUCUCCUUUUCGCAGGUCCACCAAGGGGCUUGUGGAAAGCUGCCGUGCAGGCCCAGAGCUCUGCGCAAGGCUGCAUGCUUGCUUCUGUCCCUAUGGCUAAACUCUGCCUUGCACACUGGGGCUUCCACAUGUGGAUGUGAAGCGGCAGCAUGUUGGAGGGCGAGCCAUGGAUUUUCAUGUGCAUUGUGGUUGUUCCCCCCGCCCUUCCACGCUGCACAUGUUUUGUGUCCAGUACGCCUGUUUCUGCACCGACACGGCUUUCACGUUCAUGGUUUUCGUUAAUGCUGGUAUCAAAUGAAAUCCCACCAUUGGGAUUGUACGGCUCGUUCACCCAGAGCAAUAGAAACUCCAGCUAAAGCUGAGGUCAGGCAGUGUGUGUUCCGCAGAACUCGCAGGUAGGGCUUGUCACGUCUACAUUUUUCCACCUCCUCUUUUUUUUAGGGUGGGUGGGAAGACAAAUAGCCACCAGCCAUAUUUUGCAUCUUGGUUUAUUUUUUUUAAUUAUUUCUAGGGGGAGGAGGGUGGGAAGUCAGAACUGGCCAAGAGUAGCAACUCCUUCGAAAAGCCAUGAGUCUUUAGGACAACAGCAUGGAACAAGUUGUGUGUUUGUGUGUGCGUGCGUGCGUUACAGCUCCUGUUUUGUGGAAGAUUCCACACCAGUAUUAAGUUGCCAAGGGGGCUGUUUCCGUGGAGGGGAAGAGGGACUUUGUCAAAAAAACACAACACCAAUCCUCUAACCAGCCCCCUUCUCAUGUUGUUGAAAGAUGCCCCCACAAGUGGGAAUAACUGUAAUUUUAUUUUAUUUUUCCUGCUUUUCCCCUCCUGCUUUCUGUCUCUUUCUCUUUCUCUCUGUUUUAUCUCGCUCUGGAUACAAUUUUCAGUUGAGUAUUUUGUAAUAUGUUCCAAUGUUUGUCCUUGUGUAAAUAAAAUUGUUUCUGGCAAUA